CUGGGUGUGUGCUACGUGAUGGGGGUGACGUCUGUUAUGGAAGAUGUCUGUGUUUAAAGGAGCAAUGCUAACCGCGUCAGCCAAGUCAAAAAUACUAAGCCUUGUGAGGGCAUCCGCUCUUCUAAAUAACCUCGGCGUUAGGCAGGAGCUCCGGCGGCUUCCUGAAAACUCGCAACCGCUUUACAUAGCGGGGCAGCGGGGCUACGGGAACGCCUCCGCCCUGAAGGAGAGCUCUGGGGAGCAGAGUCCAUCCCAAGAUAAGGUGCACCUCACCGAGUCAUGCGUGAAAAGACUAUCAGAAAUCAUGGAGAAGGGCGAGUACUUGAGAAUACAAGUGGAGGGAGGAGGCUGCUCUGGAUUCCAGUACAAGUUUUCUGUAGAUCGCAACAAGAACGAGGAGGACAGAGUGUUUGAGCAGGGGGGAGUGGGGAUCAUCGUUGACCAGGAGAGUCUGGAGUUUGUGAAGGGAUCCACUUUGGACUUCAGCCAGGAGCUGAUCCGCUCCGCCUUCCAGGUGCUCAAGAACCCUCAGGCGGAUCACGGCUGCUCCUGUGGCAGCUCCUUUUCUGUGAAACUAUGAUUGAUGCAUCAGCGCUGUUUGAUACUUUGAUUCAGUAGUUUAUUAGGUGGAUAUCUUCAACAAAAUACUGAUUAUAUACGAGGAAGUACUAAAAUGUUUUUACAAACAAAGACAGUAAUGGGUACAUCAGUCUAGUAUUUCCUUUUGCAUUACUGCAGAGCUUCAGUCAGGCAUGUUUGUGAAAGUUAUAUUGUGUUUUAUGAUUGUCAGGUUUCAAUUGUGCUGAAGGAAAACCAACUUUAACUUAAAACAAAAAUCAGCGUCCUUUACAUGGGGGCACUAUAAGCACACAAUCGCCAACAUAUCCUCAGAUGGGAAAUCUUAGGUCCUCCUGCUGUUCGGUUGCUUUAAAACUUUAUGUGAAGUUAAUAAAUAGGCUGCAUCAUGUCAGAAAAAGAGUCAGUGGACAGCAUUCAUCAGAAAUACAGGCAUAUGGUCAGAAAAAUAGCAGCUUAAGGGGUUGCAUGUUCAUUUGCUUCAGAUUGUUUGAUUAAAAAGACUUGGUUGAUUCUUGUGGGUGAUAACAGUGAGCUUCAAAAGUUGGGAAAUGUAUUUAUUUCUCUAAUAAUGUAAAUUUGUUGACUUACCUUGAAGAGCUCAUAAUGAUAUAUUACCACAAUGUCACUUUCUAUCAAAACAUUACGACAAUCUCUUUAGGUUUGUGUUGCAAAAUGUUACAGAAAAGCAACGGAGGCGUAGAGCACAGGCUGUUUACGUUCAGGUCCAGACAGAUUACCAGGAAGCUGCAUGUGAGUAAUGAAAGGUGGAUUAUACGGUCAACUUUCAUCAGAUUUAAUAGUUGAUGCCAAGCUGCGAACACUACAAGCUCACCUGAUAAUCUAGUGAGUAAAAGUAUUUAAUUUUCAUCUCAAUGACUUCUCUUCCACAAGUAACACUGAAACCGGGGAAUAAUUUGCCAGCUUUGGUUCCUUUGUGAGUUUGUGAAAAUGAAGCAAAGUGAACGAGAAGCAGAUUAUUCAUUGUGUUUUUUAAAGACCUGUACAAGCAGCCGAUGUUUUCCAACAGAACAAAAACUCUUCAGUGUUUAGAUUUCCCUUUUAUGUAAAUUAUGUAAAUAAGUCAAAGCUGCCGUAUCAUUAUAAAGGUUUAAUUUAUGUUGUUUGAUCUGGAAUAAAUGGAAUAAACGACAAA